AUGGCCCGCUCUCUCGCCCUUCUCGCCGUGACUGGCGUCGCCGCCGUUAUUGCCCAGUCCACCACUGUCAACGUCUUCUUGCCCAUGUACGAUGCGCAGGACCUCGAGGCCUCAAUUGUCGCUGCCGAUUCUGCGAAGACAACCUUUGCCGUCAACUGCCCAAAAGACGCCGACUCGAACGAUUGCGGCAUAACCGAGGCGCAGACCUUCAUCUACGGCCCGUCGACCUUCUACAUGUCAUCCUCCUACUCCGACUCCGUGUACGGCUCAUACGUCCAAGAGAUCACUUGCCAGUUUGAACCCAAGAAGGACUUGGCGACCUGCGCCGUGAGCGUUGUGGAGGAUGUGGACUCGUCGACCUUCGCGUCGACCAGCAGCAUCAUCACCUCCGGCUAUCUUGAUAUGCUGAUUCCUGUCACCGUCACCGCUGGUGCCAACAAGCUCGUCGACAGCGAGACAGCCAGCGAGACUGGCAGCGAGACCACCGCCGCCGCUCCAGCCUCCACCACCGGCUCCACCGCCGCCGCGACUGGCUCCGCUUCCGGCUCCGAGUCUACCUCUGCCUCCGGCUCCGACUCGGCUGCUUCUACCCCUACUGCGUCCGACAACGCUGCCGGUGCCAUGGUCACCCAGAACGCCGUCCUGGCUGGUGCUGCUGUCUUGGUUGGUGGUGCUCUGCUGCUAUAA